UUGACAUGAUGACGAGACGCCGUGACCACACCUUCUAGCGGGUGAAACAAUCUCCGCCAACGACACUUGCUAGUGUCAACAGAUAGCAUUUUUGAAACGAACAAUCGCGCGAAAUAUUGGAACGAGGGAAUUAAACUACUAAAGGUAAAAGCCCCGAAUCCCGCAGACUUCCUAAUCGUGAAGCGAACAAACAACGCGACAUUCUUGCUGUGCAACAGACGCGUCCCACUUAUCAAAACAAACGGGAGUGUCUUUAGGUUAGACGUUGAAAAAUGGUCCUUCUCAAGUCCUGCUGGUCGCCCUGCAUAUGGACGAACAGCGUCGAAACUGGCAGCAAAGCGAUUGCCUAUUACACAUCUGCGCUGAGCAUUGUUUUAAUUACUUUGAUAUGCUAUCAAAUGAAUGGCGGGGAUUCGACGCAGUUGUACAAUCCCUUGUUUGAGGCAGACGUUCGGUUAUCCAUGCAGAUAUGGGGUACACUUUUCAUACUAUAUUUUGUGGGCCUAAUCGGGGCGUCCGUAGCGAUGGUUCGUGGCAUGCAUCUGGGGAUAAGAGGGAUGAUGAUUCCGUGGCUGAGCAUGUGGUUCAUCAUUUGUUUGUUCCAACUUAUUUUUGGACUCUGGCUUCUCGGCGGCUAUUACAUCUAUCUUCAAGGAGUAUUUGCAACGUUGUGUAACUGGUUGUGGAUGUCGUAUAACAUUUACUGCUGGCUCUGCGUCUACUCUGUAUGGCAGAUAUUGACCGAGAUGCAGUCGCCCAACAUUGAGCUUUUGUGGCCGUGAAUACGGUUUUCGUCCAUUUGAAGAGUAUUACAAGUAAUAAAUACAAACCUUACAAAUUAGUUUUAUAAAAUCAACAUACUUACGUCUGUUGAUUUAUGAGUAAGUGUACGGCGACACGGAAGCAAAUGAGAAGACGGAACGAUUUUUUAUGGUGAGAAAAAAAUUACCAGUUUUACAUAUAUGAAAUAAUAUUUCACAUGCUGCUAAGAAUGACUCUUUUUUAUUCAAGACGAUAACUUUUUGUAACAUAAUCAGUAAUAUUGGUACAUUGCUUCCGUACCGCUUCGUAGGUUGUAGAAAAAAUUUACACAUAAUGUUUUUACAGACCGAAGACUGAAAUGGUUUGAUACCUGAUCAGCCACCCGUCCAAAUUCGGUCCAAAAAAUAGCUUUUAGCAUAUAAUACUAUAUUUACUUUGUUGCGUAGAAUGCCGUAGAUAAGACAGAAAGGUAAGGAAGAAUACUGAAUCGAUUCAUACAUAUAUAAUAUUUUUAUUUACACGAAAAAGAAUCUCUAGCUGCCUACAUAUUAUAUAUAUGAUAUAUAUUCAUUACUUUUUAGGUAUGUACUAUCGUGUCUGAUAUUUUUGUACAAAACUAGACCGUAUACACAUUCCCUAUAUGAGACUAAAUCCGUUUAUAGUUAUGGUGAAGUUGAAUGUAAGGAAUGUCGAUGCAUCGUUACGACUUUGACUUUGACUUUUGAUAGACUUUAGACUCAUGCAUGAAAAUGAACCGAAGUAACCUGCUAUUAGGAGAAAUAGAAAACUCAAAACAUAGUGGAACCUUGACGAAUGUACGAUAUGACAACAUUUAAGUUAUGUUAU